UUCAAUAUGGCGAUGAUUAGUGUUGUGUCCGUUUACGAAAAUGAGUCAAAAAUAUCUUACUAGGAAAGUAAAAGUUAAACACAGUUUGUCAUAUUAGAAAAAUCUCAAUGUUUCUAAUGAGGCUGAGAUGGUAUAUGUCUAUUUACUUAAUGUGCACUGUGUACUUUGGAUAAGCGUGUUUGCAUUUAGUAAAUUAGUAAAAUUUUCAUACAAAGGUUGUGAUAUAUAAAUUGUAAUUAACGGGUUUUUCUGUAAAUUAUUCUGGUUAGAGAUCUGUUAUUAAAUUUUAACGAAGAAGCGGAAUGUGGGAAAUUUGCCAGUAUACUGAAAAGGAUUAGAAAAUUACAAUCAUGACUGAUACAAGAAGAAGAGUAAAACUUUAUGCAUUAAAUGCGGAUAGACAAUGGGACGAUAGGGGUACGGGUCAUGUUUCUUCAUCAUAUGUGGAUCGAUUAAAAGGAAUAUCAUUACUUGUGCGUGCAGAAAGUGAUGGGUCGCUACUGUUAGAAUCUAAAAUUCAACCAGACACUGCCUACCAAAAACAACAAGAUACUUUAAUUGUGUGGUCAGAAGGUGACAAUUUUGAUUUAGCAUUAAGUUUUCAGGAAAAAUUAGGUUGUGAUGAAAUUUGGGAAAAAAUUUGUCAGGUUCAAGGUAAGGAUCCUUCUGUCGAAAUUACACAAGAUAUUGUUGAAGAAUCUGAAGAUGAGCGGUUUGAUGACAUGUCAGAUUCUGCUCCACCAAUUGAAUUACCGAGUUGUGAACUUAGUCGUUUAGAAGAUAUAAGUGAAUUAAUAAGCAAUUGUUUAAGUUCCCCGAUGAGGAAAGAAAAGUUGGCUGCUGCUAUAGAAAGUGAAAGUUAUAUACGAAAACUUAUUAAUUUGUUUCACAUGUGUGAAGAUUUAGAGAAUACAGAAGGGUUACACCAUUUAUACGACAUAUUCAAAAAUAUAUUUCUACUAAAUAAAAAUGUUUUGUUUGAGGUUAUGUUUAGUGAUGAAAUAAUCUUCGAUGUCGUGGGUUGUUUAGAAUACGAUCCUGCAUCUCCAUCACCUAAAAGGCAUCGAGAAUAUUUACGGCAGCAGGCCAAGUUCAGAGAAGCCAUUCCCAUAAAGAAUGCCGAAUUGCUGUCAAAAAUUCAUCAAACUUUCCGUGUUCAGUAUAUACAAGACGUGGUCCUUCCAACGCCUUCCGUUUUCGAGGAGAACAUGUUAUCAACACUAAGCAGUUUUAUAUUUUUUAACAAAGUCGAAAUAGUAUCCUUGGUCCAGGAGGAUGAAAAGUUUUUGACGGAACUGUUUACUAUGUUAACUGAUUUAAACACACCUGAUUUUAAAAGAAGGGACUUGGUACUGUUUUUAAAAGAGUUUUGUAAUUACUCGCAAAAUUUGCAACCCCAAGCUAAAGAGUCGUUUUAUAAAACUUUGACAACUCUGGGGAUAUUGCCUGCGCUGGAAAUCACCUUGGCUAUGGAUGACCAGAAGACCAAGACUGCCUCCAUAGAUAUACUCACGUAUAUUGUCGAGUUUUCACCCUCUGUAGUGCGGGAGUACACCCUACAGCAAGCCAGCAACACUGAUGAGGAUCAAAUGCUACUAAAUAUUAUCAUAGAACAAAUGAUCUGCGAUACAGAUCCAGAAUUAGGAGGAGCAGUGCAAUUGAUGGGAGUAUUAAGAAUAUUGCUGGAUCCGGAAAAUAUGCUGGCUUCAGUUAAUAAAUCUGAAAAAACAGACUUCUUGAAUUUCUUCUAUAAGCACAGUGUCCAGAUUCUUAUCGCACCCCUUUUGGAAAACACAGUCCAUGACAAACCGCAAAAGGAAGACUACAGAAGCGUACAGCUACUAGGCUUAAUUUUAGAGCUGUUGUCGUUCUGCGUGGAGCAUCACACCUACCACAUCAAAAACUGCAUACUCAACAAAGAUUUGCUCCGUAGAAUCUUGGUUUUAAUGAAGUCCACCCAUAAAUUCCUCGUGCUGUGCGCGCUGAGGUUUAUGAGGAAAUUGAUUGCCUUGAAAGAUGAGUUUUACAACCGGUACAUCAUAAAGGGCAAUCUCUUUGCCCCCGUUGUGGACGCGUUUGUGAGGAAUAACGGGCGAUACAAUCUUCUGGACUCGGCUAUUAUAGAAAUGUUUGAGUUUAUCAAAUUGGAAGAUAUUAAAACUCUGUGUUCACAUGUCGUCGAGAACUAUGGGAAAUGUCUUGAUGAUAUAUGCUACGUACAAACUUUUAAGGCCCUAAAGUUGCGUUACGACCAGCAUCAGGACAAGUUGAAGGACAGAGAGCGAAACAGUUUAGAUGGUGUUCCGUCGAUAUUGCGGAACAGCAGAUACAGGAGGGAUCAGCGUCAGAUGGAGGAGGAGGAGGAAAUGUGGUUCAACGAGGACGACGAUUUCGAUGACAAUGACACAGUGUUGCCGGCUACGAAUGACAUACUUACUAAAAAACUUGACACUGAUCUCGAGAGUAUAGGGAAGAUCAUCGAGAAGAAACAGCCAGAAGCGAAUGGCCCUAAAAUAAACAACAAUUCCUCACAGAAGACAACGGUGCUUAAUAACAAUGCUAACGCUGCCAGCGGGCAGCCAACAACUAACGUGGUGUCCAGUAGUGAGAAUAAAUCUCAGUUAUUCAAAAGGGGUUUGGUCGAUUACGAGGGUGGAGAUUCUGACGAGGAGGAGGAGGAGAGCGGAGAAGUCACCAAAAGGCCGAGACUGUCAUAGUCGAGUCGACAAUCUGCAGGGUGAAACGUGCUGUAAGUAAGAUAUCGAGCUAAACAUUUGGUUGGUGAAAACAGCCAAGGGCAGUAUUUUAUGUUAUACUUUAUUUUAUGGUAUUUUUAUUUAUUAUAAAUAAAAUUAUGCACUCUC